AUGGUUUAUAAUUUUAAUGCAUCAGAUUUAUCAGUUCCACAUUUUGAGGCAAAACAUAAGAAGAAAAGAAUAUUCAGAAAGGAAGCUGGAAGCUUUUUAAGAGUCAGAUGUAACAAUUGUGAAGAAACUAACAUUACUUAUUCUCACAGUCAAAGUGAUAUUAAAUGUAAAGGAUGUUACAUUCCAAUUAUGAAAUGUACCGGUGGAAGAGCAGUUAUUCUUAAUGGUUCUACUUUUAAAAAGAUUGACAAUAGAUUCUAUUAA